GCAAGGUACCAGCAUCAGUUGCCAAGCAACACGCCCAGAAGCAAGAUUGUCUCUGCAGCUCAGCACUCCAUCACAAGAUUCACACAGAUAUGUCCACAUUCACGUGCACCCAGUUUUUGAACCUUGGCGAAAUUUCUCCUGCGAAAAUGGCUACCACCUAUACUUUGGACGCAUCCCACUUCGGGCGAUGUGACCUAAACCUGUUCGUCGAUAGCUUGGAGACCAUCUCCAAACUGGAGAAAGAACGGCACGAGCGCCGCCAACGUCGGCGAGAGCAGAAGAUCCAAAAGGAGCGAAUGGCCGAGCUGGAGGAUGAGCGAUGCACAAGCCCAACGCCCAGUGCCGAAGAAGCCGUCGACGAGCCAGUGAUGUACUUGGAGGCCAAGUGCAUUCCGUACGCGGUUUCUAGUGCUCCGCCUGCACAUACGAUUUCUGGUAUGCCAGAGUACUACACCUGCGACGACGAAGCCUACAGUAGUGCCUCCCAGUCACCGCGCAGCAGCGUCACUUACUGCAGCUGUGGAGGCAUUUCGAGCCUAGAUUCCGACUCCGCCGAGUCGGGGGUCUGCGACAUCAAUUCGCCGCCGCCCCUGCGACCGCGUUCUCAGGUGAUCACGCAGCCAAAGCACCGCUCCACCAGAUCCCGUAUAAUCAGCGUGGUUUUAAAGAGGGAGUUUGCCAAGGCUCCGCUAGAUGAACGUCACGAGAAGGCCAAAUGCUACGAUCGCCCACUCAGCGACACCAUCAGUCGCCAGUAUGGAAGGCUCUUCAGCAAAUCUCGGCGCGGCAUUGCCUGUUUGCAGGGGUCCCCGGAAGAGCGCUUUCUGGACAAGGCCCUGCGCUACCUGACUUUGUGAUUUUUGUCACGAGAGAAGACCAAAUAUAUUUAAUAUUAGUGUUCACAUAUAAGCGUAAGAUUGUUUGUAAAACAAUGAAAAAUUAAAAUUUUAAUAACAAAAAUCAAGACAUGUUU